UGCGUGCUCGGCGUGGCCUCGGGAAACGCGCGCAGGGCGUCGUCGAUGGGAGCAGCAGCGCGGCGCUGCCGGCAGUCGUCGCCGCCGUCGUCGUGGAGUGAGAGCAGUCGUAGUAGAAGCGGAGCGGGCAGCGCGGGCUUUUGGAGCGGCGACAUGCCGUGAGCUGGGACCGCCGCGAGUUGUUUCUUUUUGUUUUUUGCCAUCGACUCUUCGGAGCGCUGCGGCUUCCGCCAUGGAAGAGGAGACGGGCUUCAUCAACAGCCAGCCGUCCAUGGCGGAGUUCAUGACAGCGCUGCCGCACGUCAACGAGAGCUUCCACAACGGAGGCGGGCCGGGCGGUGUGCCGCCGCCUGCCAUGUGCCAGAGCCCGCUGGGCGGCUCGCCCGGCGGCGCCAAGAUGCCGCUCGGCGUCCCGGAGUACCCCUGGAUGAAGGAGAAGAAGACCACGCGCAAACAGCACCAAGGGUUUGCGUCUGCGAAGUCGAGGAAUAACGAUCUCAUGCAGAAGACAGGGGUUCCUAGAAAUGAAAACGGAGAAAACGGAAUGCCGCGACGUCUGCGGACCGCCUACACCAACACGCAACUUCUGGAGCUGGAAAAGGAGUUCCACUUCAACAAGUACCUGUGUCGGCCUCGGCGGAUCGAGAUCGCCGCGUCGCUCGACCUCACCGAGCGUCAAGUCAAGGUGUGGUUCCAGAACCGGAGGAUGAAGCACAAGCGGCAGACGAUGAUGAGCAAGCAGGACGACAAGGGCAACGGCUGCGACGGCACCUCCGAAGGAGAGGCACCCGACGGCGACCAGCGGCUGCCGCAGGUCGCCCCGGUCGCCAGCCCGUCGCAGGGCGUCGAGGACGGCGGCCGAGACCCCGGCUGCUGCCCGCCUGCGGCGAGGGCGGCCGCGUCUUCGCCGUCGGGAUCCGAGCCGGACUCGGACUCCAAGGGCCACCUGCACCCGGCGCUGGGACUUGCGUCGCCGGCCCGCUCGGACAAGACCCCGACGCCCGGCAAGGAGGGCGGCUUCGGCGGCGAGCGGCCCAGCCCGCUGGGUCGCGCCGCCAGCCCCGCCGCCCGCGCCGCCGCCGCCGCAGCCAAGGCGGCUGCUGCCGCUGCCCUGUGCGCCCUGGACGCGGCCAACCCUUCGGCCGCCACUUAUCCUUGUCCAAGCGCGCGUGUGGCUUCUUCUCCGAAGUGCCAGUUGCCGGCGCAGCUGUACGGGAACCACUACGGUCAGCAGCAGGAACGGGCCGCGCCGGCUGCCAUCGCCGCCGCGCAGCAACCCUACAGCAGCGCCUCGGCGCCCCAGCACCGCGUCGGCAGCCAGCCUGGCGCGUACUGCGCGGCCGCUUACCGCUCGCCGCCGGCCGCCAGCCCCGCGGUCGGAUCGCAACCGGGAGCCAGCAAUGGCUACGUGGCCGUGCUGCCCCACGGCUACAAGGCGGCCGGACCCAUGUACUACCAUCACCAGGGCAGCGCGGCGGCGCAGGCGUGCGGCUACGCCCCCGCCGCCGCCGCCACCGCCGCUGCCACGCACGCCAACAUGAUCGGCACCUCCAUGGACGCCCACCAGCAGAUGCACCACGCGCAGAGCCAGCAGCCAUCGCCGCAGCAACACCAGCCGCACCAUCCGCACCAGCAACAGCAGCAACAUCAGCAGCAGCACCAGCAACACCACCAGCAAUGUCAGACACAGCACCAGGCGGCCCAGACGCAGCCCAACGCUCAGCAGCCAACGCACCAGCAGUCCCAGGAGCAAAGGCCGUACAUGUACGGAAUGGAAGGCAUGAAUCAAGCGACGGCGUCAACCCAGGGUUACGUGGGCGAGUACAGGGGCGCGGGUCAAGAGUACGGGCGCGUCGGCUAUGGCGCCGCGCCGUACAGCAGCGAGGCUGAGAGCAUCGAGGAAGGGCAGUACAACGGGCCCAGCGACGGCAGCGGCUACCCCUACGGCUACCGGGCGUCGGAGUGCUACCCGACCGACGAGGGGAGUAACAUGGUGGCUUCGCCGAGCGGUGACUCCGGCAUGUACUAUGACAUUACCUGCAACGGCAGUUCCUCGAACCCCGCCACCAGCCGAACACCCGAGUACGCGCCACCCUCGACCAAGCAGCAGCAGCAGCAACCGCAGCAGCCGUACCAGCAGGCACCGGGAAGUUACUACGAGAUGCAAAACGGCACUGCCUCGAACACGGCGACCAGCUAUAACCCGUCGCCCGAGCACUACAACGGCCAGAGCUCGUCGGACACCGACCUCAACUUCAACAGUUUCUACUACGGUGAUUCCAACGGCUACUCGGGACCGGGCUCGUGCGGCUCGAAUGAGUUCAGCUUCCUGACGAACAUUGCCAACGAGUACGCGGCGCCCGAAUACUACCAGCUGAGCUGACUGCAAGACAAUGAGUGAAGCGAAACAUUUCGAGCGUGUGCGUGAGGUUGAGCGCUCCGUUUCUCUGAAUGUAUAAAUAAUAAUCAGGGUUGUGGGGAGGGGAAAAGGUCACGAGACCAGAAUGGCAGAGCGACCAGUGCAUGCGAAGAGGUGCGCGGCUCCGACAUGGCGAACUCCUGUCUUUGAUGAUGCCGGAGCCAGACAAGAUUGCGCGUUGCGGGUCGCCGGCUACACAUACACUUGAUUUUGCUCCGAGAGAAAGAAAAAAAAUGUUCAUCUCGUUUGAGGAGCAAGUUCUUGAGCUGUGACAAAUAAUAUAUGAGAAGUACGAUAACAAGCACAUUGCUCCAGCACACGUUGUAUCUAGACCAGUAUAUACACGUUCGUGCCCGGAGUAACCAUGUCCGGCUUCACAAGAGGAUACGUGUUCCCAGCGAUCGUGAAAUGAUGCAGUUAAGCAUACUUACCUACAAACAUGAGAGAGAGAGAGAGCCGUUCAGUAACCCCACCUUCCGGCAUUUUCGUUUCGCCCUGCAUCGAGUGCAAUAACGCGGCUGGUCGUAAACAUUGCCAUGCGAACAGAAACCCACGCACAAAGAGCCCUGUUCACACGUAAAAAAAAAAAAAGUCUGCUGUGAUUUUUUUUUAAAUGUCUUUGUUUAUAAAGCUGUAAAUAUAACAUGAAGAGGCGCUGUGCAAUCUUCACGACAACGCGAAGCUUAUCUUUGCGCACAGGCUGGCUCUCGGCAGUGUGUUACCUAUACAGUGAAUCCCUAACUCACUCCAGCACUUCCCCUUUCCAAGCUUUCAGCGUAAUGAAGCUUUUUUCCUAUGGUUUAGUACCGAGAGAAACCAAACUCACGCGCCUGAAAAUACUUGACCGCAGGUAAAAUAGAAUGCAGAAACGACAAUUUCCCAUCAAUCGUUCCGAUUUAUUAUAGUUCCUGCUCACUUAAAUUUUCAAUUUUCUUUUCUUUUUUGCCUGCCACACCCUCUUUCUGCGUCUCCGGAGUAUCGCGAUUUGUUCUUAUGUAUAGCGUGUAUUGUAUAAAAUAUUGUUGUCUAUCGUGUCCACACUAUGUGUUAAAGAAAGUUAGGUUGUACAUAUUGUUACGAGAAGUGGCACCACCGUCGUGAAAAUCUGUGUUUUCCAGUCUUUCUGACAACAGAUGAUGUUGCACCGCAGGAUGCUAAAAAAAAAAGUGAAGCAGAAAAACAUCACUCCAUACCUACUGAGCGUGUUUGUGUACCACUUGAGGCUACACAAACGAACAACAACAAAAAAGAAUGCAUAAGCAAUUGUACCGAGUGAUUGAUUUCUUUUCGUCGUGUUCGACUCUCACAAAACAUGCUUGAACAUAACGCUGUAUACGCUUCGAGUAAACGUUCCUUCUCCCGAUGUUCCCAGACACGAGUAAAUGUUGUCUCCUCGAUGAAUCUGGUGCAUUUGAAAGUGUGUAUGAGAUGCGGAUGUUGACUGGAUCACAAUUAAAACCUCCUCGUAUGACGAA